UGUUAGUUUUAUUUAUUAUUUAUAUAUUUUAAAAGGCAGUUGAGUAGACCCAAUGCUCUAAAAUAAUUGUAUUUGUUCAGCAACGCUGAGAAAGUCAUACACAUUGCAUGAAGUCAUUCGAAAGCGUCUUCUUAUCGACGGGGACGGAGCUGGGGAUGAUCGGAGAAUCAAUUUGUUGUUAAAAACUUUCACAAAGUGGUGCAACUCCUCCGGGUCCCCGGAUGAAAGCUUCACACAGUACCAGAGGAUGCUGGGUACAUUGGCCCAAAGUGAAUUCUCUUUGGGCAAGACGUUGAUGGUCUAUGAUAUGAAUCUCAGAGAGAUGGAGAAUUAUGGGAAAAUCUACUCAAAUAUAGAACAAAAUAUAACUUCAGCACAUGAGAAGAUAGCGGAAUGCAAAAAAGAAAUCCAGAGAGCAAAGCGAGUAAGAAAGAACCGCCAAGAAUAUGAUGCGCUAGCAAAGGUUAUUCAGCAACAUCCUAAUCGUCACGAAACACUCAAACAAUUGGAGGCACUUGACAAAGAACUCCAGCAGUUAUGUAACAUCAAGGAGAAUGUGGAUGCAAAGUUGGAACUACGGAAGAAACAGUUCCACGUCCUACUCAGUACCAUACAGGAACUACAGCAGACGCUUGAAAAUGAUGAGAAAAUGGAGAUUGAUGAAAACAAUCAGCAGAGCCCAUCAGGGAGCGCCGAAUGAGCAUUUGUUUGAAUGAAUAAAUUGAACCAAUUUUGUACGUUAA